UACAGAUUGCGGUAUUGUGAUGGAAGUACGCGAGGAGCGGAGUGUGUCCAAGUCGUAUUAUCAGGGAAACAAACUAAAUCCCAACAGGAAACGAAACUGGGAUUAUUCCUUAUUCAUGUAUCCAUGUUUAUAGAGUACAGUGUUUACAGAAAUAGUCUAGGCAGUCUCCUGGUAGCGUCUGUGUUCGUUAUCGCGCGCACGGAGAGCUCCAACUGCUCUUUUCAGUAGUGUGCGCGCGCGCACACACACACACACACACACACACACACACUAGCGAGCUUCCACAGCCCUGACCCACACUCCGCGGUUCCUGCGAGCCUGAGAGCAGAAGUGAGAGAUGAAGUUUGUCGCUGCAGUUCUCAGCCUUUCCCUCCACAUCACAGCCCUGAAGGUGAAGGUGGUGGAAGGUGAUGUGUGUGCUAGCGGGAAGUUUACAUCCUCGGGUGAGUGCUGCAGUCUGUGUCCUCGGGGAAUGGGAGUGGCGUCCAAUUGUGAACUAGAAGACACAAAAUGCCAGCCAUGCCAAGAGGGUGUGACGUUCUCAGGCUCUGAGGGACUGUCAGGGUGCCAGCCUUGUUCACAAUGCCCUUUAGGUGUCCCCCAGCUGGAACGCUGCACCAUCACCCAAGACACCCACUGUGACUGCGGAAAGGGCUUCUUCCUGUGGAAGCGGACGAACGAAACCGAUGCCCUCUGUGCCCCGUGUGCCACCUGCGGCCGAGGAGAGGGCGUGGUGCGGGCGUGUGGCCCUGCAGGAAACACCGUGUGCCAGCCGUGCGGUUUGGGCACCUUCUCAGAGGACAAAAGCUACAGCCAGACCUGCAUGCCAUGCUCCCGGUGCAGAGAGGAUGAGGUGGAGAUCCGGCCGUGCCAGGCCAAGUCAGACACACUCUGCAUGGAUCGAGACCUGCACAUCUUUUCGAGGAACGGUUCAGAAGGGCCGUGGGAGUUUCCACGCCGAACCGGUUCGGCCGACGAAGAGCACGAGAGGAAGAACAAAGGGGUGACAGGAUCUGAAGCGCCAGACCUUAGCUCUGAGGACCAUCAGGGAGGCAACAACAUCAUAAUCUAUGUGUCUGUGCUGGCAGCCGUGGUGCUGGGACUCCUGAUCUACGUCGCCUACAAGUGCUGGAAAUCAUUCCAGCAGAAGGCGGCUCUGGGGAAAGCCCGGGCUGCAGAGCUGAACAACGUGGUCGAGGGCGAGAAGCUACACAGCGACAGCGGCGUGUUCCUCGACUCGCACAGCCUACAGGAGAACCAGCCGAGCAAAGGCAGCAAGCAGGACACGCGCUACAUUAACCUGCCCCCUCAACGGCAGGAGGAGGUGGAGAAGCUCCUGUCCGAGGGUGGAAGUCAGAGCUGGAGACAGCUGGCCGGCGUGUUGGGUUACGAGCAGGAGCGAGCGGACAUGUUCGGCCGUGGCGAGGACCCCGUCCACACACUGCUCACCGACUGGGCGCAACAGGACAGCUCGACGCUCGAGCUCCUGUCCACCGCACUGAGCAACAUCGAGCGUCACGAUGUAGCCAAAGCACUCAGUUCCACCAGUCAAGGUAUUACCAUGGUCUGAAUUCAGUUCAUUUUAACGGCCUGAAAGAUGGACCCUAAUGAGGAAAAGAGCACAGCACUCUGUUUCUGCAUUACAGGGAACGACUUUACACUCCCACGUGAGGAAAAGAACUGCAUCCUGCUUGUUUUGUAUCGAUAUAAGUGCCUUUUUGCAGCGCUUUCCACCAAGAGUGGAUGCUCUGCUCAUCUUCCGUUCAAGACUGUUUCAGUAUUUAUGCGCCGAGGACAGAGCUCCUUUUCAAAGUGUUGACAAGCCAAAGCAAAACAUAAUACUGGCUUUGUAAUAGGAAAAAAUCCUAGGCCUUUGUUCUUCAUACCGCAUUAUAGUAAACGCUGUCAUUGAGUGGUUCAGAUGGCUUUGGUUACUGCUUGCGGGUUGCAUCAAAAGUCAAGGGACGCGUUUCAGUGCUGUUUUCCACACUCACUCGUGCAGGAGGAGGAGCGGGGUCUUUAUGAGGAGUUAUUAUUCCUGCAAAAAAAAAAGAAAAAGAAAAAUGCUUCAUCUUACUAAUGCGAACAUUCAAACUCGUUGAAUCUGAGCACAGCCUUCCACUGUGUGACUCAGUCCCGUCCCCCCCCAAACAGAAACUACAGUACACACAUGCUCUAUAUGAAAAAGCAAGCAAUGCCUGUUUCAUGGGCAAACCGUGCGUGUGUAAAAUCAUAAAGCACUGUUUCCUUCUGCGUGUAAACAAUUGAUCACGUUAUAUAACUACAAAUAUAUCAGUGAUCAGGAGCAGCACCAUGUGAUUGUUUUGUUUGUCUUGUCAAUCAUGAAAAACAUUUGUGUCUUUGUCUUUUAAUAAAAAUAAAUAAAUAAAUAACGACAGCCUGUGUGAGAAAAGAAUGGGAGCAUUUGUACUGACUCGCUUAUAACCCGGGAGUUCCAUAGACAGGACUGUUUUAUAACAGUUAAGUACAGAGGUGAGCAUGAUGGGGCAUGCUGUUGCAGGAGAAUAAUAUAUGUCGAGGUGCGGUGCUAUGGCCUGAAACAAAGCGGAGUCACUGUUACCCUGAAAUGUUUUAUUUUCCUCAAACGGCACAUCUCAAAAGCGUUUUAUUGACUCGUAUACCACAAAGACUUGCCAACAGUUGCAACUUUUUAUUUAUUAAUGAACGACUCUGCACCAUUUAUGAUUACACAUGAUCAGAACCUCCAGGAUUUUGCGAUCGCAGACAUGAAUGCAAAAUCAAGGAAACGGUGCAAUAUUCAGAGGAGUUCAAAAAUUACCGCAGAUUUGGGCCAAGACGCGUCAUGUGACGUCAUCACAACACACAUUCGGUCAAAGCCCUCUACGAUUCACGUAUCGAACAUGAGUACAGCUAAAAGGUCUCAUUUACCAACGAAGGAAAUGAAUUGGCAAAAUUGUGCAAAACAAUUUUGCCAAUUCAUUUCCUCAAAAAAAUAAAAUGUUAAAAAUCCCUGUAGAUUUUGAAAAAAGCCACAGCAAAAUCAAGCAUUUUUGGCUGCAACGAUCACGAAAAAACUCUGUACGGACUGGAUAAUGUUACUGAAUGUCUAGACAAGUUCCUGGUAUCACUUAUGUCACAGUAGCUAUAAUCAGUUGUUCCCUUGCCCGCCUCUUUUUUUUUUUUUUUUCUCCUCUUGAAGCUAAUAAAGGUGCUGACUCUUUUAUAAUGGGUCAUGUGACUAUGCUCAGAAUGAACCAAUCACAUUCAAACUCAUGUUCAAAAGAAAUGAUCAUCAAAGAAGUAAUUCUGAUUAACCUCAAAUAAAGAUCAGCCGUUUCUGCAGGAUUUUCUUCACAUCAUCUUGGUUUCAUACGACUGCUGAAGCCAUGGUCCACAAACAGCUGACAAAGCAUGUACAGGAUCUCACUGUGGCGAUCAGGACACGGGUACAAAAGAAUUUCCAAAAUCUUACAUGUAACAUGGAACACUGAAGGCCAUCAAGAUGUGGAGAAAAUGGGGCAGUGACAAUACCAAGAACAGGAGCGUCCCUCAAAAAUAGACAAAAGACAAGACAGACAUUUAUUAGGGAGGCUGCCAAGACACCCAGAGCAAUGUUAAAGGAGCUGCAGGAAUAUCUGGAAAGCAUUUGUGACACUCUACAUGUGACAAUCUCUCGUAUUCUUCACAUGGAAACCCUCUCUCAUGAAAAAAAACAAAAACAAACUAAAAACAUCUAAUUCAGCCCAAACCAUGUGGCAAAAUGGACCAUAGUCUAAUGAAACCAAGGUAGAACUUUUCUGGGCGUAAUUCUAAAAGGUCUGUUUGGUUCAAAAACAAGACAUCUCAUCACCCAAAGAACACCAAACUUACAGUGAAGCAUGGUGGCGGCAGCAUCAUUUAAAGCUGCUUUGAGACAAUGUCUAUUGUAAAAAGCACUAUACAAAUAAAAUUGAAUAGAACUGAAUCAUGCUAUGGAGCUGCUUUUCUUCAGCUGGGACUGGGGCUCUAGUCAAGAUAAAGGGAAUCAAGCAUAGCUUCAAAACCUGCAGGCUUCUGUUAGACAGCUCAAGAUGAAGAAAACGUUGACCUUCCAGCACGAUAACGACCCCAAGCACAAACACAAAUCAACAAAGGAAUGGCGUCAGAAGAAGAUGAAGGUUUUGGAAUGGCCCAGUCAGCCCAGACCUAAAUCCUAUUGAAAACCUGUGGGAUGACUUGAGGGUCGUGCACAGGAGAUCCCCUCAGAUCUGGAAGAGUGGAAUAAAAUUGCUCAGUCAAGAUGUGCUUAACCAAAAAAGACUCAGUGCUGUGACACUCAGUGCUGAUGACAAGGAAAAGAUGCUUUUUUUUUUUUUUUUUUUUUUUUUUUACUAAAAUGUGUAUGUUUUUCACUUGAAUUUUGCUGCUUGGUAUAAAGGUGAAAAAAAUAAAAAGAUCCGACACGAUUUACCCUGGUUUCAAUUUUUACAUCACAAAAAACGUUUAACAGUAGUUUUUACAUCCACUGUACAUCAUAACUACCCGACAAACUUUUGUGAAUUCUCCAUUAUUAUAAUAAUGAGUCUUUAUUGGUCACGUAUACAUUACAACACAAUGAAAUUCUUUUCUUCACGAGGCUGGGGUCAGAGUGCAGGGUCAGCCAUGAUACAGCGUCCCCUGGAGCAGAGAGGGUUAAGGGCCUUGCUCAAAGGCCCAACAGUGGCAGCUUGGCAACCUUCCGAUCAGUAACCCAGAGCCUUAACUUCAAGCCACCACUACCCCCUUUAUGCUUGUAUGCGUUUCUUUUUAGUUGGGAAUCGGCGAUAAGACAAAACAAGUCAGCACUGGGCAAAUACACCAUCCAUGUAACAAAACAAGCCCUAAAUAAUUACAAUAGCAAUCAUGCCUCGUGUUCACUCCCUGAAUCAAGAUGAUCGCGCCUUUGAAGCUACACUCGUUUCUGCACCGUGUUUGAGCAAAGCAAUUCUUCUCUAUUCAAAAAGUGCCUUAUGGGAUUUUCUAUCUCUCUCUAUAAAAUCUCUCUCGUAUAUAUAUAUAUAUAUGAGAGAGAGUGAGGUAUUGUAUCAAUAAUGUUACAUCAGUGUUUACCAGAUUGUGUACACACAACCUUGUGCGUGCAGAAAACAAACCCGCCAUCAAAAGAUGGCAUGAGCGCUAUAGGCCCAGCGGGUUCUUAGGAGCUGGUACUUUUAUGCAGCAUUUGAGCUCCUAGCACCUUUUUCCUCCAUUUCAAAUCUGUUAAUGAUUUCUUAGGCUGCUCUGUUAAGCAGGAUGUGAGAAGCGCCUGAGCUCUUUGCAUGCCUCCACAUUCUCCAGAUGGAGCUGCUUAACUGCGGUCUGGAGCAGUGCCGCUGGAAUGCCCGGCACUGGAGGAGAAGGAGAAAUGAAGAGGAAAGAAAGCUGCUAAGAAAGUCUGCGCUAUAUUCAUCCCAGUCUCAUAGAGUCUCUAAUGAAAACAGUGAAUCACUUUGAUUCUGCCGUUAUUGGAGCCAGACAUCUGCUGUGUUCCUGCACACUGAUGUCGCUCACCCUAGUGCUGCUUUAGGAAGCGAGCAACAGCGCAGGCUUCAAAGUGCUCUGAUGGUUUUCGGCGUUACGGUACUGCUCUGAACGUUCGUACUAAACACGACAGGUGGGCUAUGGCAUGACGUAUGAAGCGUGUUCAAAGAAACGGUGACGCGAGAGACCACGAGGACGCGUGACUUGUUUUUACAAAACAGUUUAUUUUAAAAUGUUCUUUACACUCAGUAUGACAAUGUGCUUGCACAGUACUUACAAUGGAGUGGGACUCCAUUUUUAUACAUAAAAAAAAUGUCUUUCAAUAGAGAAAGAAAGAAAGAAAAAGGGAAGGGGAAGAAAUGACAGCAACAAAAAAAACAACAAAAAAAACAAAACAAAAAAAAAAAAAAAAAAAAAAAAAAAAAAAAACCACACACACACACACACACACACACACACACACACACACACCCCUUUAAACCCAAUACAGAGCUGUGGGAAAAAUCCUGGUUGCUAUGGUAGCACUAGAGCUGCUGGCUGGACUGAGGACUGACCUUAUUUGUUAGUUUGGUAUUCACAUAUUUACACAAUAAACCACAAGCUCCACAGUCCGUUUACAACGCCUCUGCUUAUUUAAAGGAUUUCAAAAAACUAUUUCUCAAUAUAUUCACAUAUAAAGCAAUAUAAUACAUGUUUUUUUUAAUUGUUUUUGGGGAGAGAUGGAGGAGGGGGAUUAAUGCAACUUAAAAGAGGUGGGAGCAGUUCAUGAUGCAGUUAUUGUACAAGAACCCUGAUGAACUUGAACAUGGGAGAGAGAGAGAGAGAAAAAAAUUUCCAACACGCCGGGCAGGCUUCACAUUUACCUGUCUGAAGCGUAGUAAAAGAGCAAUAGUUCAUGUAAAACAGCGAGAAACAAGUUGAUAAAACAACAAAUGCUACAUUGCCUCUGCUGUGAGGAGAGUAAAAGUGGCCAAGAGUGG